UGUGGGCGGCUGUUUUUCCCAGGAAAAUGGCUCUGGAUCAUUUCCUGCACGACAAGGUCUGGCUGGACAAGCACAAAUACGACGACGCCGAGCGCAGGUUCUACGAGCGCCUCAACGGCCCCCGAGGAGCCUCCAACCGCUCCCAGGAGAACGGAGCCAGCACGAUCCUGCGGGACAUCGCCAGAGCCAGGGAGAAUAUCCAGAAAUCCCUGGAAGGGAGCGGCAGCGCCUCCGGAGCCGCCGGCGACCAGAACGAGCUCCUGGCCCGGAUUUCCCACCUGGAAGUGGAAAACCAAAACCUCCGCAGCGUGGUCUCCGACCUGCAGAUGGCCAUCUUCAAGCUGGAGAGCCGCCUGAACGCCCUGGAAAAAUCCUCCUCCGGCUCCCACCAGCCCUCACCCGUCCCUCCCACCCAGAAAGUGGAACCUUUCAGCGUUCCCUCCAAAAAAGUGGAGCUCCCGGCCAAGAAACCGGAGCCGGCGGCGGCCGAGGAGGAUGAGGAGGACGACGACAUCGACCUUUUCGGGAGCGACGACGAAGAGGAAGACCGGGAAGCCGCCAAAGUUCGGGAAGAGCGGCUCCGGCAGUACGCGGAAAAGAAGGCCAAGAAACCGGGAAUCGUCGCCAAGUCCUCCAUCCUCCUGGAUGUGAAGCCGUGGGACGACGAGACGGACAUGGCCAAGCUGGAGGAAUGUGUCCGUUCCAUCCGCAUGGACGGGCUGCUCUGGGGAGCUUCCAAGCUCGUCCCGGUGGGAUACGGAAUCAGGAAACUGCAGAUCCAGUGCGUGGUGGAGGACGAAAAAGUGGGAACGGACAUCCUGGAGGAGGAGAUCACCAAGUUCGAGGAUUACGUGCAGAGCGUGGACAUCGCUGCCUUCAACAAGAUUUAGAUGGAAAACUGGGAUCUUUUUCCCUCUGAAACGGGAAUAAUAAAGCUGAAGGUUGGAAGUGCA